GUAACUGGUCAGCUGCUUCAUGUCACGGAGCUUCCUGGUUAAGUGAAUGAGUGCGUGCGGUGAGUUUAUUUUCAAUCAUUUAAACAUAAAUGCACACCGGAAAAACGGCGUGUAAUCAGCUGCAAUCAUGAACACGGAGAAAGACUUCUCGCCUCUGACGCCCAACAUCGUCAGAGCUCUGAAUGACAAACUGUACGAGAAGAGGAAAGUCGCAGCUCUGGAGAUAGAGAAGCUGGUGCGGGAAUUCGUGGCUCAGAACAACUCCACUCAGAUCAGACACGUGAUCCAGAUCCUGGCCUCGGAGUUCGCUCUGUCCCAGCACCCCCACAGUCGGAAGGGGGGUCUGAUCGGGCUGGCUGCCUGCUCCAUCGCCCUGGGGAAGGACUCGGGUCUGUACCUGAAGGAGCUGAUCGAGCCUGUGCUCACCUGCUUCAAUGACUCGGACAGCCGGCUGCGCUACUACGCCUGCGAGGCCCUCUACAACAUCGUCAAGGUGGCCAGAGGAGCCGUGCUGCCCCACUUCAACCUGCUGUUCGACGGUCUCAGCAAGCUGGCCGCAGACCCAGACCCCAAUGUGAAGAGCGGAUCAGAACUCCUGGACAGACUGCUGAAGGACAUUGUCACAGAAAGCAACACGUUUGAUUUAGUGGCGUUCGUGCCUCUGCUGAGGGAGAGAAUCUACUCUAAUAAUCAAUAUGCCAGACAGUUUAUCAUCUCCUGGAUCCACGUGCUGGAGUCUGUGCCGGACAUUAACUUGUUGGACUAUCUCCCGGAGAUCCUGGAUGGACUUUUCCAAAUCCUCGGCGACAACAGCAAGGAGAUCCGCAGGACCUGCGAGGUGGUGUUGGGAGAGUUUCUGAAGGAGAUUAAGAAAACGCCUUCCAAAGUGAAAUUUGCUGAAAUGGCCAACAUCUUGGUAAUCCACUGCCAGGUUGCAGAUGAAACCAAACUUACAAAUGAUCUGAUCCAGCUGACGUCUAUGACGUGGAUGAGGGAGUUCAUCCAGCUUGCGGGCAGGGUGGUUCUCCCUUAUUCUUCUGGGAUACUGACGGCGGUGCUCCCUUGCCUUUCCUAUGACGACAGAAAAAAGAAUACCAAAGAAGCAGCUAGUGCCUGCAAUCACAGUCUGAUGAAACUGGUGACUCCUGAGGACGAUGAGGAUAAUGAGGAGGAAAAAAGUGGAAGCACGGGGUCCCCCUCCAUGGGAGAGGGCCAGAGCAAAGUGGACGGAGACAGCAGUGAUGUGCUGAAUGCAUCGCAAGAGUCUGUUGGUUUCAGUAAUAUCAGUUUCUUCACUCCAGCAAGUGGAGAAAGGCUUCAGGUGAAUCUGGACCUGGAUGGUAUUGUCCAAGUGUUGGACCGCCACCUCCACGACUCGUCCACUGGUAUGAUGACCCGCAUAGCUGUACUCAAAUGGCUCUAUCACCUGUACAUCAAGACUCCACGCAAAAUGUUCCGUCACACAGACAGCCUUUUCCCCAUUCUGCUUAAAACACUGUCCGACGAGUCCGAUGAGGUGAUACUGAAAGAUCUGGAGGUGUUGGCUGAAAUAGCUUCCUCUCCUGCCGGCCAGACGGACCCGGCCUCCUCCUGCGACAGCACCGACAACAAACUGGUGCUCAAGGUGCCGAAGGCGGGACAGCAACCCAUCACGGGCCCCAAAGGCGUGGACUCCUCCCCCACCACUCCCAGUAUGAACUCCUAUUUUUACAAGUUCAUGAUUAAUUUGCUGAAGCGUUUCAGCCUGGAGAGAAAGCUUCUGGACAACAGAGGAGGCUUUAUCAUCAGACAGCUGUGUCUGUUGCUUCAUGCAGAGAACAUUUUUCAUUCUAUGGCUGACAUUCUGCUGAAAGAGGAGGACCUUAAGUUUGCCUCCACCAUGGUUCAAACGCUCAACACCAUCCUCCUCACCUCUGCUGAGCUCUUUGAGUUGCGCAACCAGCUAAAAGACCUGCAUACCCAGGAAAGUUGUGCUUUGUUUUGCUGCUUGUAUCGUUCCUGGUGCCACAACCCAGUGGCCACCGUGUCCCUCUGUUUCCUCACGCAGAACUACAGGCACGCCUAUGACCUGAUCCAGAAGUUUGGAAAUCUGGAGGUGACGGUAGAUUUCCUGAUGGAGGUCGACAAGCUGGUGCAACUCAUCGAAAGCCCCAUUUUCACCUACCUGCGUCUGCAGCUCCUGGACGUGGAGAACAACCCGUACUUGAUUAAGGCUCUGUACGGCCUGCUGAUGCUGCUGCCGCAGAGCCAGGCCUUCCAGCUGCUCUCCCACCGCCUGAAGUGCGUCCCCAACCCGGAGCUCAUGAGGACUGUGGAUGAAUCCAAGUAUAUGGACUCUAAACAGCAAGUGGGCGGCAAACGUGCCUCCCAUGCAAAGGUGGAUUACAACGAGCUGCUGCAGCACUUUGACCACGUGCAGAGCAAACACCUGGAGGUCAGACACCAGCGAUCUGGACGUGUGUCCGAUCACUCUGACAGGAAGAUGAUGUGAAGUUAUUGUGCUAUAGUGACCUCUGCUUUUGAGGAUAGUGAAAGGAUAGUGGAGUAAAAAUGGUGACAAUAAUACUUAAACUGUCCUGUGUUACUAAAUGUUUUUGAUGCCAAAAAGUGUUAAUUAUGUAUGAAUAAUUAUGUCACCAGUCAUGUUUUGGAGCUUCUCUUCUUUGUGAUGUGCAACUUUAGAAACAUGUAAUAAUAAUACUAAUAACAACCAUCACUCUGUAGAAAAGCAAAUUAAUAUCUAUUCUCUUCUGUGUACAUUUAGUAUGAAGAAUGGAGAUGAAAUGGUUUAAUCACACAUUCUCCGCUCAUUUUAAUAUAUACGGGACCCGCUGUCUAAUGUUGAAUUGUACAUCUUUUAAGCUUGUGUUCAGUUUUGCCUUAUUCAGUUUUGACAGAUUUUAAUCUGCGUUAACAAAGCGCAUACAUUCUGUAUAAAUGUUUUAAUGUUGUCAGAGACCAAAAGGUUUACCUUGCAUAAUGUAGGACUUCAGUUUAGUAUAAUUAAUUUCUUACAUAUAUAUUCAACAGUUUUUUUUUUGUUUAUACAAAUCUUGCAUUUUUUUGUGUUGUCUGUUGUUUUGCACUUUUUUCACUUCUGUGUGAAAUUCAAUAAAGUAGACCAUGUGAUUAAAA